AUGAAGCUCACCUCGUCGUUUGCGACGCUCGCUAGCGUCGUUGUUAUUGCGCUCUGCGUUGGUCAGACUCAUGCUGACUCGGUCACUACGCCAUUGGGACUCACGCGUGUGGACGACAAGGGCAAACCUAUCACCCCGCUCACCUACCUCAACCUCGCGCCCGCCUCCAAGGAGCUCGCCGAUGCCGCCAAAAUGGUCACAACCCCUCCACCUAUGAUCGAAGAGCAGAGGCGCCUACUUCCCUCGGACCAUCUGGAGCCUGUUGUUGAGCAAUUCUCUAGCAAAGGUAUCACGAUCAAGAGGGAGCUUGGUGGCAGCCUGGUGCCCUCUCUGCCCAUCUUGGGCGCGCUCGACAAUGAGGGCGACCAUAGCAACCAGGUGUCACCUGCCACCGAUUCUUCCGUUGCUGGUGAAAAGCGUCUGCUUGACGCCCUCAAUUCGCUUAAGCCAGGUGAGGGAACCCAGUUCUUGCCCGAGAACCAUCAGACGCUCGGCCAGCGCACUGUGCACCCGCUCAAUCGUCGUUCUGUUGAAGAACCUAUUGACGUCAGCAUUCUUGGCAAGAAAUUGUCUAGGCCUGCCAUGCCCAAAGUCCCCGCUAGGCGAGACGAGAGCAGCGGUCUUGACCUUCUGGGUACCAAGAUUCCCCUCAACUCGCUCCCCAUCGACUCGCUCCCCUUGCCCAAACCCCCCACCAAGCGAGACGAGAGCAGCGGUCUUGACCUUCUGGGUACCAAGAUUCCCCUCAACUCGCUCCCCAUCGACUCGCUCCCCUUGCCCAAACCCCCCACCAAGCGAGACGAGAGCAGCGGUCUUGACCUUCUGGGUACCAAGAUUCCCCUCAACUCGCUCCCCAUCGACUCGCUCCCCUUGCCCAAACCCCCCACCAAGCGAGACGAGAGCAGCGGCCUUGACCUUUUCGGUACCAAGAUCCCCCUCAACUCACUCCCACUCGACUCGCUUCCCUUGCCCGGUGCUUCCAAGCGCGAUGUACAGCCAGUUGACCUUGGCCUCAAGACGGGUAACAAGGGGGAUCUCGACUCGGCUGAGGCUCUUCUCAAGGGCCUUCUCCCGAUCAAGCGAGAAGAAGAUUCCGUCCAGCCCUUCGACCUCGGUCUGAAGACUGGCAACGAGCAAGACCUGGAACGCGCCAAGAGCUUGAUCGGUGGUCUUUUGGGAGGCAGCAAGCGCGACUCUAUCUCACCUGACGGUGUCAACCUCGGCAGUGUCAAGGACCUUGGCAGCACUCUCGGCCAAGAAGCAAUGAAGAAUGGUAUUCCUCUUGCGCUCAGCCCGGUCAAGCAAGCCGCGAGCCCCGCUGUUCAAGGAAUUUCCACCGUGAACCAGGUCUGCACUUCCUUCGGCUGCGCUCAGAUCGUCAAAGGUGCCAUUGACGGCGCUACCAAGAAUCUUGGUCUUCCUGAAUUCCAACCUAUCCGACUACCAGUCCGGUCUCUUGGAGAGAAGAACCUUUUCGCCGACGGACUACUCCACAACAAUGGUCAGGUUUCGGGAAUCCCGGUCAAGCGUGCUUCUGAAGACCCUGUGGUCUCGACCAUUCUUGACACGAGUGACAAGGCACGUGAUGCACUCUUGGGCGUCAAAGAUGCAGCUGACAAUGCGGCUGGAGGAUUUGUGAAGAACAUGUACUCCAAGCCUGCAGAGGUCGAGACGAAACGUGAUCUCUCCCUGCCCCCAUUCAGCCUGCUUCCCGGUAAGGGACCUGAUACGAAGGCGGCAGCGAAGGAAUUGAUCGAGUUUUUGGACUUGCCCGUUCCUGGUCUGAAGCGCAUGGACAAGGUUCGCCGCAAGGAGUAG